AUGGAUAAUUCAUUUUUUCUAACAGAAUAUUUUUUUGUUAUUUUAUUUCGUUUGGCACACAGCAAGCAAGUCGACUAUAGUAUCAUUAUUAGUUUAAUCGUUGAUCCUGCGGUAUUUAUACGGCAGGGACUGGAUUUUAUUCUUGCAGUUGCUGUUGUUAGUGGUGGUGGUGGUGGUGGUAGAAGGCGUUUCAGUGUUAACUAUUGGUGGUUCAUCAGAAUUCACUUUCACUUUGUCUUCUUUUUAGCAACGAGAGCUUUGUUAAACGCUAUGUCGUUGGAUCAGAUUGCAAACGUUGAUUUGGAUGUCGGCGAUUUCAAGUACAUCUUGAUUAAGAUGCAACAAAAAACCGGUGGAAAUGAGUCCAAGUACAUUGUGCGUGGGUAUAAAAGGUGCCCAUAUCAUGCAGAUGUCUUAGAGGAAACUAGAAAAGAGAAUGGGAUGAACGACUUUAGUUUGGAAGUGCUUGGAGGAGGUCGUGUAAAUCAUGAUCCAAAGAAGAAGGAAAUUGUUGUAUAUGGCGAAUCAAUGGUUAGUCUCUAUUUGCAUACUUAG